ACCAUCCGUCAGGAGAACCAACAGAAGGAGUUGAAGCGGGAAAAGCAAGAAGUGAAGCAGCUCAUCGGCAGGGUAGUGACAAUGAAAAGAUCGGAAGCGACUGAGGCAAUGCGUUUCUUGGGGUACGAGCAGGUCCCCACGGACGUGCCAGGAAUCAAGUCGUACAAGACGAAGACGAAACAGCGCAUGUUCGAGUUGGGAAGGCUCAUCAUCAUCAGUCGCAAGGCCGGCAAAGAUGAUCCACAGGGUUUCGUCCGUGAGAUAUCGUGUCUCAAGUACAUGAUGAGCACGUGCGAGAAGCUGAAUGACCAGCUUGCCGAGUUGAAGUCGAAGCGAGAUAGGUGUCAAGAGCACAUUCGCAACCUCUCGGUGAAGCUCGGAGAGUUACAGUCCGACUACAAGCAGUCAGAGACGGACCUGCAUGCUUGGCAGGCCGCGAUAGACGAGUUAGAGGAGCUGGAGGACUACAUGGUCGGAGAAGAUGCGCCAGGAGCCCGUGGCUUCAGCACAUUCAUCCCGACGAUGCAGAUGGGGGUGCAGGCGAUCGGUGAGAUGAUCAAGGUACUCAUUAAGAAGCAGCAGCAGACGGACCAUCAGAUGGCUGCGUUGAUUGGCCACCUCACGGCAACCAGUGCGAGUGCUUCGGCGGAGGAGUACGAGAGGGCCAAGUCGGAGGAGGGGGCGCACGGCCAUCAGCAGCCGCCCAUCGAGGUGCAGGCCAGCCCGACGAGCAUCCCCGCGGCCCAGCCCGACAUGCCCACGCCUGUGGCGGACCCAGGCAUCGAGCCCACGGAGGUCGCGGAG